ACAAACUCGAUCAUUGAGUUCGUCUUUCAGCUUUUAGACCACCAUCCCUUGGACCCGCCCUUCAUGAUAGCCCCCCACAAAUCCUUUCUUUCUGAAUAUGCUGCUUAGCUUGAGCAGGCAGGGCAUAUUGCUCCUGAUUGCUAUUGGCUUUGUACUACCAGGUGUCCUACAUACACUCUCUUCACCAGUCAUUCUCGUGCUACUGUUUCCGUUAUUUCUGCUACUUCUUGUUCUCGCUUUCCUCUUGCUAAACGUUGCUCUCGGAUACUUUUUAGACUCUACUAGGCCUCCAACACCGAAUACUCUUCGUACCGCUGCCCGGCCUUUGGCAUUCUCUACUCCCGCAGCAUGGCAGGCGGUCCUCACUCGAUCACAAUGGUCUCACAAGUCACCACAGUCGCUAUCGCCACUCCUUCCAGCUUCUCCAGUCAUCUCUGCCGCACUGAAUGACAUUCUUAUCAUGAUCGUUAGGGAUUUCGUACUGACCUGGUACAAGGAGAUUUCCAGCUCUCCUUCGUUUCCUACGGCUGUUUCGGUUACCAUACAUAGCUCGCUCCAGCGACUCAUAUCCCGCAUUGAAAGUUUGGAUCUUCCAGCGCUCAUCGUGAAACGUAUCCUGCCCAAGGUGACGGCUCACAUAGAACAAUUCCGACAGUCCGAGAUGGCUUUACGAGGUGCUGGUUUGGAACGUCGGCUGACUCAGUCUGAGGAAUUAGACCUCCUACUCGCUAGCCGGUAUGCAAGUAGAGGAGGAGGGAAGUUACAUUCAGCUGUGGACAACCUGUCCUCUACCUUCACGAAACAGACUGAGGAGGCGCAUCUGCGAGAACUUAUUGACAAGGCGUUGCCGCAUAUUCUUCCCGAGAAAGAAGCUGGAAGCAAAGCUCUAAAGAUUGUGGUGCGCGAGAUUAUGGCGAGUUCUGUCCUGUAUCCUGUAAUGGAUAUGUUGUCCGAUCCCGACUUUUGGAAUAAGUCUAUCGAUCAAGUGGCUGGUGCUGCAAUCCGUCAACAACGGCUCAUAUCUAAAGUGCGAAAUGUCCUGGAGGCACAAAUACCCCUUCCUCAAUCUCGCGUUGUGGGUGUGGCAGUGCCAACGAGCACAGACAAUACCAUAACAAUUCGUACCGAUCCUCGUCAAUUCGAAUCUUUCCUACGCAGCAUCAAUCGAUGUUCUUCUUUACUCGAUGCUCGCCGUCUGAAGAAUGACAUCAUGGGCGAAAUUCGCCGAACCAGGACACUACUUGCUAGUCAUGAGAACGAAGACUGGAUCAACGGAGAGAAGACGGAAGACAUUGUUGCAUUCCUUGACCGUUUGUAUACGGCCAAGCGUAAGGUGGAGAAGCGUAUUGUUAUCCUAGGCGGCGAGGAAGAUGCUCUUUCCUCGCCAUCUUACAGUGAACCUACUGCUUCCACGCGCUUGACUUUACGCGAUAUCCUUACCAAUCCGAGUUCUCUGUCAUAUUUCAUGGAGUUCAUGGACAGGCGCAAUCGCUCGUUGCUCGUACAAUUCUGGCUUACCGUUGAGAGCUUUAAAAAUCCUCUCGAAUCAGUUGAUUCGGACAGCUCCGGAGACGAUGACGAUGCCCUUACGGAUCCUUCAUUGGCCGCUACUCUGAAGGAAGACAUUUCAAUGAUGAAUGAAUUGUACUUUUCUGGUACCACUCCUGACCCAGCUUUAUCAGCGGUUCCGCAAAAGCAUGUCAACGUCAUAAAGUCUUUUGGACAGGAUAAUAAUUCUCCUACGCUUGCCGCGGAACGCAGGGUACGCCGCAGUGUCAUGCUGGCCCAGAGACAUGUGGAGAAGGAUAUGGAGAGUGAUUUCGAGGACUUCAAACGCUCCGAGUUAUGGUUCCGCGUCGUUAGGGAUGUCGAUCUACAUCCUCGCAGGGCGAGUACGGAAAGUUGGGACCACGCACGUGAAGCGUCGUCACGUUUGUCUUCAGCACACCCAUUUGAUACGAGACCCUUUGCACACCGCUCAGAGUCAUUCCCUAUCCUCAGCUUCCCAUCACACAAACGCGAACUGUCAACCAAGUCCGACAUACAAGGCCCAGGCGUUGUCAGUUCGCCUCCUUCCCGUGCAUCCCCUUCCAACUUAGAGUUACUCAUGUCGCCCGCUGCUGACAAUGCUUCUUCGUCAUCUCGUGCUCCUCUAUUUGAUGAUCCAAAUGACCCCGCAAUGAAGGCCCAAUCUCAACGGAUGGAAGCCAUUCAUGCAGCCCUUACAGACAUUAUUGCCUUGGACAAUCAAGAUACCGAUUCACACGCUCGUAGUCUACGAGAUGACAUUUCAGCAUCGACGACGUUGCCAUCUGUGCGCGGUGAUGUCGAAGAGGGCGGAUCCGAAGAUGAACGAGAAAUACAUGAGACUCAAGGCGGAGCACAUAGUUCCUACCAACUGGCUGGUCCGGGUGAUCUACAGCUCUCUUACGAGAUCGCACGUCUCUCGGACAAGCUUGACAGCUUACAAUCACAGGACCAUAUGCUGGAUACUCUCAUUAAGAAGGCUGAGCUUACUGGCGACGAGCAAGAGUUACGAUUGCUGCGCAAGUCCAAGUCUUCCUUGACUCGGGAGAUACGUGAGCUAAGGUUCCAGAAGACUCAAUAUGAACAACAAGAAUCAGCCAACCGUUUAGUAUCGGAUCGAACGAAGAUAUCCAUUGUGAACUCGACGACAGCGGAAGAGGAUGGGAAGUCUGUCGUGCGAUACCUGAUCGAAGUCCAGCAACUCGCACCUGAUGGGAGCUUCGCCACCGGAUGGGUAAUCGCACGUCGAUAUAACGAGUUCUUCAAUAUGCAUAACAAACUCCGGGAAAAGUACGCUCUUGUACGGAGUCUGGAUUUUCCGGGAAAGCGUCUUGUUACAUCUCUCAACGCGAGCUUCGUCGAUUCGCGUCGCGUAGCACUGGAGAAAUAUCUUCAGAGUCUCAUUGCCAUUCCGGCCGUAUGCGAAAGUGAGGAACUCCGUACCUUCCUAUCGAGGGAUUCGCCCUUCAAUGCGGCCGCCUCCGCUGCUAAGGGCACAACAUCCGCAUUCCCAGGAAAGGCACUCGUGCGGUCCGUCUAUCAAUCUCUGGCUGAAAGCAUAGACGAUAUGUUCUUUGGACAAUCCAUGUUGGAUGUCAUAAUCCAAAGGCUAACAACUCAAGCUGCGGAGUUGGCGGGGAUUGUGGGUUCCGGUGUACAUGACGAAGACCUCGUUGCUCAAGCACUACGAGCGUCAGGGAAGACAACUUCGGAAGAUAGUUUGUUGCAAUUGCCUGGCGAUUUGAAACCCAUCGAUGGUGAAACUAGCACGUCGACCUUCUCAUCGCCCAUCUGUGACUUGAUUCUGGCUGUGUUUGAGUUGGACAAGACAAAUAACUGGCUCCGUCGGCAGGCUAUUGUUAUCAUUCUCCAACAAGUGUUUGGCGAAACCAUCGAGCGAAAAUUGAGGGAGACUGUGAAAGUUUUCACCGACGAGCCGCAUCUCAUGUCCUACAUACAACUUUUCCGAGACAGCUUGUGGCCUGGCGGUCAACUUGUGUCUUCCAAUGUGCCUCGCACUGCAGAAGAACGCCUCCGAACGCGCGAUGAUGCCAAUCGCAAACUUUCAGCUCUGAUUCCUGACCUUGCUGCCAAUAUGAUUGGACGAUCUAAUGCCCGUCGUGGUGCACGACGGAUAUUCGCUGUCCUACAGAAUCGACGGCUUAACCAACAUUUGAUCUAUACUAUAGUUGACGAGGUGUUCCUUGCACUGUUCCCUGAGGCAACGUCAUGACCUGCUUACGACAUUUUUACGACGACGAUACCCCUUACCAGUACUUCAUCAUUCUACUAUUUAACUUACCCCACGAUACUACAUUUAUGACCGGAGCAAUGCAUUUCAGCAAGUUUUGCUGCACCAGGACACCAAAGAUACUACUACAUGAAUGCUGAGCCUUAGCUGGGGGUAUUACUUGGAUCAACCUCCAUCUGAAUGGCUGCCGAUUGCGCUGCAAUAUCUAUUGCUGGCUCACGUUGCCCAGGCGUCUGUUCAGGAGCUGUACUAGAUAGUCGCGACACUAGCUGCUCUGAACGAGCCUUCUUUGCACGUCGGUGUGUGUUAACCGAGGACGCUGAUGGAUCAUCGUAACUGAUGAAGCCAUACACAAUCAGUGACAUACAGCGGGAAGAUAUUGCCAACACGUACACCUUGAUGGUAUGCAGAAUGAAUCCUCCUGAGCCUGAGGCGUUCAUAAGAGGGUGAGUGCGACCAGGCAGAAUCUACAGAACAUUUACAUCAACAUGGGCACUAUGACACUAAAGAAUGGCAUACCUGAUACUGCCGUAGCCAGGCUUCAGAUAUCGCUGGUGCGAGAUAUGUGGGGAUAUCUCUCAGUUUUGCUUGCAAGUCCGAAACAAUCUGUGUGAACAAAUUUGAAGAAAUGAGAGACAAUCCUGAUGUUUGAUCCGUCACACAAAGAUGUGUGAUAACACUCACUUGAACGUAGGGACUAUGUACUACUAUCGACGCGGAUCCAGCGAGGCUACGGGCACAGGUCGUAUGAGAGAUAGAACGAAGCUCGAUAAGGAAACUAUACGAACCCAUCGAAUUCCCCAGCAAAGAGUUCUUCCCUCGUUUGUGUCAGAGCGCUAGCCAUGCUCUUUCGCUUGUUCACGCGAGAUCGUUGCGAUUCCGAUUUUGGAGUGUCAGCAUUAGCAUCUGCCAUUGUUAAUACUACAUACAUACGUGUCAGAAAGCUGAGCG